AUUGUCAUUAUAUUGUAUGGUCAUAUUUAAAUAUCUCUCUCUACAAAGUUGACUUUUGAUUUUGGCUGAAGGAAUUGCUGAAAAGACAGAGACAAUUAAAUGGUAAUCAUUCCAUUAAAUUAGUCUUCCUUCAUCUUUUCUUUUCUCUAUCAAAUUCAUCCCUUCUUAGUUCCAAUAAAACCAGAAAGAGAAGAAAGAAGCAGGAAAAAAGAAAAUGAAUCAGAAUUUGAGCUCUCUCCUAAUAGGAUUGGUGGGUGCAGCAAUCACUUUGUCUGCUUAUUCUCAAACUUUGAUAUCUCCAACUGAGUGCAUUACAAUGGGCCUUCUGGUUCUCAUUUUUGGUCUUCUUGUCAAUGAAGGUUUCAUCUCUCUUUAAGCUUCUCUUAAUUCUCAACUUCUUUUCCUUUUUUUCCUUUAAAUCAUUUGGGUAAUUUCUAUAUGUAAUUUCUAUAACUUCUUUUUUUCUUUUUCAUAUGUAUUGAACUUUUGCUAGCUUUUGCCUUUAUGAAUUCCUUUUUAUUUCAAUCUUUAAAUUAUCAUUUGUAAUCUUGGUGGAUUGAAGGUUUAUCAGAUCAAUCAUCAUUAAUAUUUUUGGUCAAGCUUUGCUAAAUCUGAAAAUUUCAA